AUGAACGCCUCGGGAUACAACGACAAGGCGAAGCUAGCUGCUGCCUUGGAGCUGGCUCGCAGCUUCAAGUCGGGCAAGCAGACGGGCACCAAGGGCUCCAGGGGCUCCAAGGGCAGCCAAGCCCCUCGAGGCACGCCUGUGGCCCUUCCUAGCAAGUUUGUCUCCAACACCAGGCCUCCCCUGCCGAGCCAGAGGAACUACAAUGGGAUUGGAAAAUUCGGGAUGCCGGCCCAAAAUUUCAGCCAGGCGCCCCUCAUCGGUAGCGCUGAUCUGGACUUCUUGUCCAGACGUGAUCAGGCCCCGGCCGCCAAGGGCAGCGCGCCGCAGGUUCCUGGCCAGCUGUCCGCUGCUCCAGUUACCGUGGUCUCCCAAGCGGCCCCGGACCGCGGCAAUGUGUCUGUUGCCCAUGACGCUGCAAAAUCUGCGACGGUCGACGGAAGCGGCACGAUUAGCGUCAGGAAGGAAGCAACCGACGUGGAAUUCACGACGGAGGAUGGCGUGUUCUCACUACGGAAGCCUGGAGGCGUCGCCCCGGGAUCGGUGCUGGACGACUUCUUGACUUUGGUUGGCGGGGACAACAACUCCACGGAGAAGCCAGCAGAGGCUGACGAAAGCCUCAUUGAUUUUGGAGAAGGGGACCUUAUCGCCCUUGAGCCAGGCGAGCAGGAAUCUUCCAUGGGCACUGAUUGGCUGGGCUCGGAAGUCAAUGAUCAGUCGUCUACUCUCAUGGACGCACUGUCUGCGAGGCCGCCUGUGGCCGAGGCCAAGACUUUAGAAGACAAGCCCGCGACGGGCUCCAAGCACAGCCGCGAGGCGCAGGAAAAGGGGAGCUUCUCCCCCCAGGCGCCCGAGUUUGUUCCGGCGGAAGCGGUUGCUCCUGGACACAAUGUCCAGACUUCGGGCGACGUUCCACAGGGUUCGUGGCUCAGCCCCGUGCCCGUGGCGGCUGUGCCGUCAAUGGCUUACAUGAUCAUUGUCCCGAUGCCAGGCGUUGCUCCCUUCGCCGGCCAGCAGACAUUCCAGGCACAAGCUCAGAUGGUCCCGUUUGCAGCGCUUCCGUGCGAGAACACCCAGGCUCAAGAGAUGCCCGAGGUCAAGAGGGUGAGGAAGCCCAAGGGGGGUCUCAGUACUUCCAAGUGGGCUUCGUAG